AUGGAGAGACGAACGAGACGAGUCAAGUUCACAGAGCAUCGUACGGUCACUUCCGUGCCAGCUAAGCCAUCUAACGGCUCUCCAAGAGUGCUUCGAGUCUCAGUCACUGACCCUUUCGCCACUGACUCGUCUAGCGACGACGACAACGCUACGGUGGCUCCUCCGACUCCGAGGGUGAAACGAUUUGUGGAGGAGUUUAGAUUCGGCGAAGGCAAAACCUCCGCCGCCGCAGUCAACGUGGCGAGGAGAGCUAGAUGCAAGGCGGAGAAAGGCGGCGUUGAAAGAAAUGAUGACGUGUCAACAUCCUCCUCGGUGAAAAAGUACAGAGGCGUGAGGCAGAGAAAGUGGGGGAAAUUCGCGGCGGAGAUUAGGGAUCCGGCGAGCCGUACUCGGAUUUGGCUCGGGACUUUCGUCACGGCGGAGGAAGCUGCUAUUGUUUACGAUCGAGCCGCGAUUCAUAUCAGAGGACAUAACGCGCUGACGAAUUUUCUGACUCCUCCUCCUUCUCCGGGGGAAACGCCGGUUAUCGAUCUAGAAACUGUUUCCGCCUGCGAUUCCGGGAAGGACUCUCGCCAGAGCCUCCGUUCUCCGACCUCUGUUCUUCGAUUCAACGCUAACGAGGAAACAGAGUAUAAAACAGAGCUGGAGAUUGAACCAAUCGAGCUAUCUCCGGAGAGGAAGUCGUCAAUCGGAGAAGAGUCGCUUGAGAGUUUGUUCCCGGAUCCGUAUUCGUUGCCGGAUUUGUGUCUCGCCGGAGAAUAUUUCUGGGAUCCCGAAAUUCCACCUGAUCCUCUGUUUCUGGAUGAAAUCGAAACCCAGGAACCGUUGCUAAACACGGUGAUUCCGAAAGAAGAAUUCGAAUCCGACGACUUCUCCUUCAGUUUGAACGAAGAUUUCGAGUCCUGCCCAUGGGAUGUGGACAAAUUCUUCGAGCAACAGUUGUGGGAAAAAUGA